AUGUCAUAAUACUUUGAAUUGAAAUAUGAAUACUUUUUGUAAUUUUUAUUAGAUAUAGAUUCAAAAACUUCAUUUGAAACGGUUCAUGGAUUGAAAUUAAGAGAUAACCAAUAGUAAAACACAAUAUAAUUUCAAUGUAAUCGAAAUCAAUAUUAAGGCAAUCCAUUUGAAGUCUAUUAGCAUAAUUAUAUAUGAUUAUACAAUUUUAAAAACUUUAAAAAUUAGAGGACACCCUUUUUUGAGACAAAUAGAUAGAUUGAAUAUCUAUCGAAAAAAGUCUAAAAUAGGUGAAGAUCAAGUUAUAUUGAGAAUUAAAUACGGUUUAAUUGAAAAAGCUAGAGCUUCUAGCUCUGACUAAAGAACAAACUGA